AGUGUUGCCAUUUGUCGCCAUCUAGUGGUAAAAACAAAAUGACAGACCAGAAUUAACAACAUAAUCUUUUCAUCUUCUGGAGUCUGUUCGGCAGAGGGUACUUCAAAGUUUUUUCUGAGGAAGAUGCAGUGUUGUCUUAUGAAAUUUUGCAGACUAGUUUGCUUAGCACUGAGCACCCCUUUUUAUCUUCUGCAGUUUGUUGGCCUGCGUGGUAUGUACAAACGUCUGUUCCCCUUUCUCGCCUACAACAUGACAUUUUCAUACAAUGACAAAAUGCACGAGCUAAAGAGGGAACUAUUUCGAAACCUUGCAAGGUUCACAAACGCUGACGGCACGCUACGGUUGCUGGAAAUCGGUUGUGGCAGCGGAGCAAACUUCAGGUUUUACCCCAACGGCUGCACGGUGAUCUGCACUGACCCCAAUCCGCACAUGGAGCCGUACCUGCGUAUGAGCAUGGACGUAAAUAAGCACCUGAGUUACGAGGAGAUUUUAGUUCUCUCCGGUGAGGACCUCAGGGAAGUCCAGGACGAAUCGGUGGAUGUUGUGGUCUGCACGCUGGUCCUGUGCUCUGUGAACAACGUGGAAAACGUCCUGCAGGAGGCCCGACGCGUUCUCAGAAAUGGAGGAGCCUUGUAUUUUCUCGAGCACGUGGUCUCUGAUCCCUCUACAUGGACAUACUUCUGUCAGUAUGUGUUUGAGCCUCUGUGGUACCUCCUUGGGGACGGCUGCAUGGUUACCAGAGCAACAUGGAAAAAUCUGGAGGCAGCUGGCUUUGCUGAACUUCACCUAAAACACAUAGAGGCUCCAGAGGUGUCUUUAAUGAUUAGGCCACACAUUAUGGGAUAUUCAAUUAAAUGAAAAAUGAUUUUCUUCUCUUGUUAGUUCAAUGCUUAGUUAUGUUCUCAAAAUAUAGUUUACUGGUUCCAAACGUUUUAGAUAAAUUGUCUUUUAAAGUUAGACUUUAUGGUGAAACAUUUUUUUAUCAAUACAAGACACACUUAGGGCAGCAGAUCCAUUGUUAAGGAGCAAAAACAGCAACAUGUUCAUGCACAAUAAAUGUGACAGACGGCAACACAUCAUACUGAGAGAAAAUAUAUUUAUUUACUUACUGAAUCAGAAACAUUUCAUAUACUGUUUGUACUUUCUCACUCCUCCCAAGAUGUACAAAUAAAUAUUACCUGGACUUUG